AUGAAGACCUCCAAUGACUUGAUGUCAGCGUCUAACCCUGUCGAGGGUGGGAAACCGGCCCCUCCAGAGCUCAUGGGACCCGACCACAAGGAAUACUCAGCAAUCCUUCGUAAAGUGGACUGGCACAUUGUCCCCAUCAUGCUCGCCUGUUACUUUCUAGAGUUCCUUGACAAAGUGCUCAUCAAUUAUGCAGACGUCAUGGGCCUACAAGAAGAUUUGGGCAUGACAGACGACAACUUCAGCUUAAUGGCGACACUCUUUUUCGUCGGGUUCGCAGUGGCGGAAGUACCUCAAGGCUACCUCCUGCAGGCAUUUCCUUUGGCAAAGGUACUGGGAUUGAACUUGCUCUGCUGGGGAAUCCUUGUCGCUUGCAUGGCCGCAGCUCAGAAUUACGGCCAAAUCCUCACGAUUCGCAUAUUGCUCGGCACCUGCGAAGCUGUCAUUUCGCCUGCGCUGGUUUUGAUUACAUCAACCUGGUAUACAAAGCGCUGUGCAGCUCCUCGUUAUGGGAUCUGGUAUUGCGGUCUCGGUGCCGGUCAAAUAAUUGGAGGUCUUAUCUCGUUUGCAGCUCAGCAUAGUCCGGAGACCGGUCUCAGCGGAUGGCGUAUCAUGAUGAUUGCGGUUGGCAUUUUCAACAUUUGCAUCGCAUUAGUAGUCAUCGUAUUCCUUCCUUCAACUUUGGACUCUGCCAGGUUCCUCAUCUCAACUGAGAAGGAAUCGCUCCGACGCAUGCUUGUUCUCGACCAAGCAGGGAACGGACUCAAGGUGUUCAAGACGAAAGGUCUCUCUGAGGUUUUCAUAGACUUGCAAGUCUGGCUAUUGACCCUCCUUGCUGCUCUGACCGUUAUCCCAAGCGGUGUCAUUACCACUUUCUCGGCAAUCUUGAUCAAAGGGUUCGGAUAUGACUCUAAGCAGUCUGCGCUACUCAAUAUGCCAUCCGGAUUCGUUAGCAUCAUUGCAACGUGUGGGUCAACAUACGCCGUCCUCAACAAAACACCACGCUGGAUCAGCAUAAUCAUUGUUCUAGCACCUGCCCUUAUCGGUGCAGGCCUGAUGUCGUUCCUCCCACAAUCCAACCAAGGCGGAAGAUUGGCUGGCAUCUAUCUACUCAAUACCACUGUUGCCCCGAUGGCGCUCAUUUACUCCUGGGUGGGAGCCAACACUGCCGGAUAUACGAAGAGAAUAGGAGCCAACGUAAUGAUCGCGGUUGGAUUCAGCAUUGCCAAUAUUAUUGGACCACAGACCUUUCGCGCCAAAGAUGCGCCGCAGUAUACUCCAGCCAAAAUCACCCUCUUUGCCGUCCUAGGGGCCGCAAUGUUUGUCUCAGCACUCCUCAGGCUACUGUACACAUACCGCAACGCAUCGACAAAGAGAUAUCGAGAUGAGCAACUUGCAAAUAGAGUCGGGGAAUCGGCGAUUGUAACAGAAGAGCAAGAAGAUCUGACGGACCUCGCAAAUCCGGCGUUCAUCUACGUGUACUGA